GGAAGUGCUUAGUUUCAUACUGUGUGCAACAACAUCAACAUCAACAUCAACAUGUCUGAGACUGAGAAAGAUCCGGGUAUCAGGCUAUUUGGCAGGAAGAUUCCGGCGCCGGAAUGUCAGAUUCCGGCCAACUCUGGACCCUCGGAUGCUUGCAGCAGCAAAAAGAAAGCAGAACCAGAAACCCUUUGUGAAGAAAACUCUCAGCCACAAGAGAAUUCUUCAGAUUUAAGGUAUAGUAAACAAGAGUCCCAGCAUAAGGUGCAGGAAAAAGAUCGAAUAGUAAAUGGCAAGCCUGUGGAAGAUAAUAUGGAGACUGGUAGCACUGAUGAAGAUAAAAUCUUAAAGAAACCAGACAAGAUUCUUCAGUGUCCACGAUGCAACAGUUUGGACACCAAGUUUUGUUAUUUCAAUAACUAUAAUGUUAAUCAACCUCGCCAUUUCUGCAAAAACUGCCAAAGGUAUUGGACUGCUGGUGGAACAAUGAGAAAUGUUCCCAUUGGUGCUGGGAGACGGAAGAAUAAGCACUUAGCCUCUCAAUAUGGACACAUUAUAGUAAACUCUGAUGGAGUUCCAACCUCUAGAUUAGAAUCCACAGACUCGUCCCGUCACCAACCUCGACAUAUCUCAAGUCUUGAAUCCUCAACUGCUUUCAGGUCUUCAACAGAUAAUGGGACUGUAUUGAAAUUUGGUCCAGAUACACCUCUCUGUGAAUCGAUGGAUUCAAUGCUUAAUCUUAGAGACCAGAGAAGAAGUGUUGAUGCAAGUUCUAUCAGUUGUGUAGAAUACGGAGGGGAACAAUCGCUAUGUGGAUACUCGGUGACGAGUACUACUCAAGGAAAUGAACUAUCAGAACAUAAUGCGUCAAAUUGGUUGCAAUGUUACCCUGUUCCUCCAUGGGUAUUACCUUGGAAUCAAGAUUGGAAUAAUGCUGCUUCCAUGGCAGUGGUUAAUCAAUCUUCAGCAUCCACGUGUAACCCUUAUAGCACUAGUCCCACUGCAAUGCAAUGGUGUCCCACACCAAUGGCUGCAAUUCCAGGCAUUUACCCACCCAGCAUGCCUUUGCAACUUGUAUCAGCAUCAUACUGUAACGGAACACCACUUUGGGCUGCUGGAACUGGGGCAGUGUCAAUAGGGUCCAAUGCUUGCGUUUCGCCUUCUUCCUCCACUAGUAACAGUUGCUGUUCAGGCAAUGGUUCCCCAACGCUGGGAAAACACACUAGAGAUACAGUUUUCACUGAUGAAGAGAAAUUAGAGAAGUGUGUUUUGGUUCCAAAGACCAUUAGAAUCGAUGCUCCAAAUGAGCCCUCAAAAAGUCCUCUACGAGCUGCGUUAGCUAUCAAGCCUGAGAAGCAGCAAUCUUUAUCAAAUGAUGACAUUUUGAAAAGAACUGAAUCCAAAGAAGGCAAAGAUCGCAUAUUGGGUGCCUCUCAAAUCUUGGAAGCCAAUCCAGCCGCUAUUUCUCGCGCUCAUGCAUUUCAGGAGAGCAUAUAA